AUGGCGUUAUUUUCCUUGUUUAUAGCAAUUGUUCUCAAUGAACAUUCGUGCGUUUCCUUACAUGUGGCUGAUUUUCAAGGAUUAAUAGAAGCGAAUAAAGUUCUGACCAAGAGAUGUUUAACAGGCAUUUCUCCUGGAAAGGUGGUACGAUUGUAUAAGGACAGUUUUCUCGAUUAUCCUUUCGAAAAAAUGACACAAGCUUUGGACGAAUAUGACUGUCUGAGGAUGUGUUUGAUGGAGACGGAUCCACCAUGCAAAUCAAUCAACUUCUUUGCUGCAAGUAAUGAAUGUUUAUUGAAUAAUGCAAAUUCAUUCAAUACAAGUAUUUUGGAUGGCGAUGAUAGCAAUCCUGUUUCUUACAUGGAGAUACAGCAGGUAAAAGGUAAGUUCUGGCAACCUCAAAUUGCUAUUGAGAAAAAGAAGUGCAAAAACUCGUUUCACAUGAUUCCAUGGAAUGAAAUGGUGCUCAGAGGAGAGGCCCAACUAUUAAAUGUCGCUGGAGGUCAUGCAAAGUGCUUAAAAAUGUGCAAUGACUGCGACUAUGUUGUGUACAACGAAUAUUAUUCUGAGUGUUUCUUGAUUUAUUAUGAUCAUUAUGGUCAGAAAUUCAACUUUAUCACCGAUGAUUAUCAGAAUGCAAUGUGCUUCAUAUCUUCACAAAAAGAGCCUUAUGAAAAACUUGUUGAGAAGUACUGUGUGGGAUUUGAGGAAACAAAUGUGGGACUUUUGUUUGAAGAAAGCAGCAAGUGCCAGAAGCCCAAGGGUAGUGUCAUAGUCGUGGAUUCUAUAGAGUUGGGUGACUGUAUGCAAUUAUGUCUGACACAUCCAACGAAAAGUUGUGAAGCAGUCUCUUAUUAUCCUGACAGAAAAUGUUUACUUUUGUCUGGAGCUGAUACGAACCGUGACUCAAACUUAAACAUCAGCUUGGAAUGUAGGCAUUACAAGCUCAAUGCGAUGAAAUUUACAGGAAUAUCCAAGAAAAAGGGUGGUAUAAAGCAGAAGUUACGAUUAGAAAAUGAACUUAAUAGAGCUAAAGCACAUGGCGUGAGUAGCCGGAAGGAAGAAAACUUCAAGAAGAAUUCCUUUACGCAAAGCGGCAUCGAUCUCAACGUUGAAACUUUUUGCAAUUACGACAGCAUUGUUGUGAAGAUCAACGCACCUGUACCGGUCUUUGGUAAGGUCUUUCCUCGAAAUGCUUAUAAGAACUGCUCUGUUGCCAUCAAUGGUACAAAAGCGGAGUUAAGAAUGCCUUUGCACACAAGCGAAUGCUCUCUCACUAAGAAUGGUCUGGUGUACGAAAAUGUCAUCGUGGUAAAGCAAAAUUCGUUGAGCGAAUUACCUGUAAUUACCGAAUAUGACCACCUCUAUCGUAUCUCGUGUGAUUACACACAACAUGCAACGAAAAUCGCUGCAACAAGUAUUUUGCAGUUAAGAAAUACGGAUUACAAUACAGUAGCACCACCAGGAAAAGUGCGACACAGCCCAAUGAAAAUGGAACUCGCUUCGAAAUUGAAAAAAGAGACUAAGACGGUCAUCUUGGGACAAAGUGUUGACUUGAAAAUUGAGGACACCGACAAUUUGAUUGGAACAAACUUCACAGUUUCUAAAUGUGUGGCAAAGGACGCGAAAGGAGAAGACAAAAUUACAAUCAUCGAGGAUGGAUGCCCCACGGCGGCCGCUAGGGAGUACAUAAUACGAGGAAGCAUUGAGAAAGGAGCGAAAGGCUUCUCAAUACCGUUGCGAGCUUUUCGGUUCAAAAAUGGCGAUGGAGUUAAGAUCACAUGCCAGCUGCAUGCGUGUGUAGAAGAGUGUGUUCAGCGCCCUUGCUCAAGAAAAACGAGGAAGCGGCGAUAUCUACCGCACGAGCCUGUAUCACAGGAAAAUGGGGAGGAAGUGGAGAUAUCUCUGAUUGUUAACGAUGAAACAUCUCCAAAAGAGCAAUUCUGUGUGACUCGCACUGGUUUGAUCUCCUUCUCAACAAUCGCCUCCUUCACACUGUUUUUGCAGUUCCUGGUUUUGCUGAGACUGCAGCAUAUACAGAAGACGAGAAAAUCUUUAUAG